AAACAAACAACAAACGACAACAAUUCCCUUAAUUUGCCAAAAAAUCAGUGAAACCCCCUAAAAAUGGGCUCGAAAAAGCACAAGAAACACAAAUCCGAACGCAAAGAACGUGGCGAAGGCUACGACUCACGUCCCCAUGGACUAAAAUUGAUUCUAAAAGUUGCGGGAAGCAGCUCGACGCCGGAACACGGCAACGAUUCGCCCAUGUAUCCGCAAGAAUAUUCCUCGGACUUUCACGAGAAGCACAAAAAGUCCAAAAAGAAGAAGAAGAAAAAGGAUCGCGAGAAGAAACACAAGCAUCACAAGGAGAAACGACGACACCGCGAAGACGAAUCCAGCCAGGAGGACUUUAGUAUUAACGAUGAAAGCAGUCAGACGCCGUUUUACGCGAACCUUACGACGGCAAAUAGCAUCGCAUCGCGUCCCUUGACGCAACCAAUGAUUCCGCUGAAGUCGCCGGAUACCUCGUUGGAGAAACCAAAGUCCGAAAUAAUCGAAGACUCACGUUCGCCAAUGACUUUCAUGCAAAGUCCCACAGCAAGUACGUCUUCGUUGAGCAAAUUGGAGGUUCCCAAGCCAGAUUCGUCACGAGAUUCGAUGUCGCCGUCACGUCCAUUAUCCGAAAGUGGCAGAGAGCCGCGAUCGUGCGUUUUAAAGAUGAAACAACGCCCGCUCGCCAAAUUAUUGGAACAUUUAAUCAAAGCGCUGGAAAAGCGAGAUCCUCAUCAGUUCUUCGCGUGGCCCGUUACUGACGAAAUUGCGCCAAAUUACUCCUCGAUAAUUUCAAAACCGAUGGAUUUUUCGACAAUCCGACAGAAAAUCGACGAAAACGAGUACAAAUCCAUCGCCGAGUUCACGGAAGAUUUCAAACUCAUGUGUGACAAUGCUCAAAAAUACAAUCAUCCCGAGACGGUGUAUCAUAAGGCAGCGAAACGACUCCUGCAUGUGGGAAUGCGAUUGUUACAACCUGAAAAUCUGAUAAGAACUUUGAGACCACUGAUGGGUUACAUGCGAGAACUUACCGCAAAAGAGCUUGGUUUCGAGUUACCGAGUGGCGAUGGCUCGGAACACGAACCAAUGAUCAUCGAUUCAGCUGAUGAAGCAGAAACGGCGUUGAAAGUAGCAGCAGCUGUCGACGAAGGCAUCGCCGCGCAAGAAGAAGAAGACGAAAAACGACGACAAAUCCGCUUGGAGAACAAUCCAACGACGAAAUUCGAGCCAUUCGUUGACGAUUUGACAGCUGACGAGAUUUUGAAGCAAGUACAGUCGGCAGCAAAGAAUGCCAAAAGUAAACUUUUGGACAAAAAGAAGGCCCGCAAAAUGGGAUUCAUUCGACAACGUCGUGAUGGCACAACAUCCAUGCAAAUUCUGCUCGACGACGAGAACGAAGGCCCGGAAAAGGUCAUUUCGCUGGGUUCGUUUACCGGAAAACUCAAACAAGGCACCGGGCAAUUGUACACUUUUCGUGAGGAUCGUCGAAAUCAAGUGAAACCCGUCAAGCCGUUAUAUUACGGGGCAUUUAGUUCGUUCGCUCCGCUUUUUGACUCACGUUUCGCGAAUAUCAGCAAGGAAGAAAGCGAUUUGAUUGCCAACACGUACGGCGAUGAAACAGGCACAGAUUACGCCAAAAGCAUCAUGGAAUUCUCGCGGGACAGUUCCUAUGCCAGCAUUUUAGCGAACGGUUUAUUGGAUCUUCUCACAAACGGCGAGCAUCGCAAGACGUUAGAAACUCUCGUCGAAGGGGCGCGGCAACGUGAGGACCAGAAGGAGAUUGAAAAACAACUUCCCGAUACGGAAGAAGAAAUUAAACGAAAAUACGGCGAAACGAAGGUCGAUUUUGAGGGUUUGAAGAGUCUCGCAGAGCUCGGAAUCGAAACAGAUUUCCUGGAUGAACUGGAGAUGCAACAAAAGUUGUACGAGUUUCAGAAAAAGUUGCAAGGACAGCUGGAAAAUAACUUUUCGCUCAUCGAACAGCUGCAUCAAGUGCAGAAUCAGCGUUUGUCGCAACCGCCUCCUUUGCAUUUAGCUCACAUUCAGCAUGCCUGUUCGGAGGAAGUAGAGUUGGCGAAUCAAAUUACGGCGAAUAUCGCAGAUAUUGCGAAACAGUUGCCGCCUGGUGCUAUGACGACACCUCAUGCGUUGCGAAAGGCAAUGGGAUUGACGAAUGUUGGCUUGGAAAACUACAAUCACUCGGAAGCGAUCAACAUUGUGCCUCCUUCUUGCAUCAUGAACAACACUCCAAAGCAAGAAGACACGGAAAAUGACAAAUUUCAAAAUGACAGCAAUGCCGACAUUGACACCACGGAAAUGGACAUGGAACUGGAAGAUUCCAUCGUUAACAAUCCACAAGUGGAUAUCGAUCACGAGCUGCGUGACAUUUUAAAUGACUUGUAACCCUAAGAACAUAAAAAAACUUUAUUUAAAGUACUAACAAUAAAAACUAUUU